UUCUCCGUUCACCCGGCGUGUGCUCUGCCUCUCUCUCUCUCUCGUGCAGCGACCGCCGACGCGCUUCGCCAGACCUUCGCCGGCGACGAGCACUCACCAGGGCGUGAAAAUGUCAACAAGCUCUUUGAAAGAACCCAAUGUUUCUCAAUCAAAAGACGUGGAGAAUGGAAAUGACAAUUCUGUGAAAUCCUGCAUUAGCAAGCCUGUGUUGAAUGGCAACAAAUGUGCCAACAAGGAACAAAAUGUUCCGUCUUGUUGCCCUGGCGCUGUGACAAAUGGAAACGAGGCUGGAAAUGCAGACGUGGAGUACAUUGAUUCUGAGAAUCUAGUGGAUCUACCAGAUGUUGAUGCAGCUCUAUGUACCUUAGUUAAAAGGUUGGAUUCAAAGGACUGGGUUAUGACAUGUGAAGCUCUCAACAAUGUUCGUCAGUUGGCGAUGUAUCACAAGGAAAGAUUGCAGGAGCUGCUGGAGCCUCUAGUUCCUCUUAUCGUGAAAUCUGUGAAGAACCCAAGAAGUGCUGUAUGCAAAACAGCACUGAUGACUUGUGCUGACAUCUUUAAGGUCUAUGGUGACCUACUGGUUGAGUCUAUUGAUCCACUGCUAGUGCAGCUGUUUCUAAAGGCUUCACAAGAUAAGCGUUUUGUCUGUGAAGCUGCUGAGGCAGCUCUUACAUCGAUGACAAGUUGGAUCUCCCCAUUACUACUGUUACCAAGAAUGCAGCCCUACCUCAAGAACAGGAAUCCGCGGGUUCGAGCAAAAGCAUCAGUGUGUUUGAGCAAGAGUGUACCUUGCUUAGAUGUGCAGGGAAUCAGAGAAUAUGGAAUGGAUAAGCUCGUCCAGAUUGCAGCAACCCAACUCAGUGACCAGCUUCCUGAAUCAAGAGAGGCUGCUCGCAACCUGGCACUGGAACUACAGGUAUUAUAUGAGAAGUCUCAGGCCUCCACCUCUGACGAAAAUGAGGGUGAACCUUCUGUCUCACAAGAUGCUGAGUCAUGGGAGGCUUUCUGUCAGUCCAAGCUUUCUGCCUUAAGCGCCCAAGCCAUCCUUCGCGUGACCUCUACUACUCCAAAAGAGGGUGUCGCCUCUACUUCAAAUGCUACAAAAGAGGGUGUCACGGCGGCCCCAAAAGAAGGUUUGGAUGUGGAUUGCUAGCAUGAGGCACACAAGCCCACAAUGAGUUUGUAGAUGCGAUCAGAGCGCGAUUGUCCACCCCCUUCGGUUUUUUUGAUGUACAUGCUUAUGGCUGGUCCUUGGUUACAUCCAGUUGGGAAUCGGUUGAUUAUUGGUUCGGGAAUUCAGGUGUGACCGCGGUGUUAAUAUUGGUUGGGACAUAUAUCUGCUAUAGUUGAUUGUAUAAUCAUUUUGUUCCACUACUUGGUAUUUGUUUCGCCAGGUGAACGUAGAAUUUGACCCACGGUCAGUGUUAUAUACAGUCCUCUUUCUGCCACAUCGGGUGCAGGUUAUGUUAUUUUUGAAGGAGAUGUCAUUGGCAUUCGUGCGCCACCCUUAUGUUGU